UUCGUGUGUUCUGAGGCUUUAAAAUGCCUGAACCCGCCAAGUCGGCUCCGGCCCCGAAGAAGGGCUCCAAGAAGGCGGUGACCAAGGCGCAGAAGAAGGACGGCAAGAAGCGCAAGCGCAGCCGCAAGGAGAGCUACUCGGUGUACGUGUACAAGGUGCUGAAGCAGGUGCACCCUGACACGGGCAUCUCGUCCAAGGCCAUGGGCAUCAUGAACUCGUUCGUCAACGACAUCUUCGAGCGCAUCGCGGGCGAGGCGUCCCGCCUGGCGCAUUACAACAAGCGCUCGACCAUCACGUCGCGGGAGAUCCAGACGGCCGUGCGCCUGCUGCUGCCCGGGGAGCUGGCCAAGCACGCCGUGUCCGAGGGCACCAAGGCCGUCACCAAGUACACCAGCGCCAAGUGAACUUGAAAACUGCUAAAUUCUGUGCUCUCCAGAGACUGAAAUCUGAAUAGAAUGAGAGAAUAAAAGUGACUUUCUCGGGCCCACAGUCAGACCUACUGUAGAAGAGAUUGGAAUAAUUGGUCAGAUUGGGAUGGUCAGAGGCACAUCUUGUACUUGUCCUGACACUUCCCUCAGUUCUCCACCCUAGGAAGGACCAGGACUGCAACCCACUCAUUGUGAUGGCUCCAGCUACCCAGAGAGUGGUUAAAAAUAUUACAAGUUUGGUUAUAGAAUAUAACAUUUGUGAUUUGGUUAUUUGAUUUGGCCGUCAGUACCUUUUGCCAAUUUAAAAUGAGAAUAAUAAAACCUAUCUCAGAAGAUUAUUACAUGAGAGAACCCAAGGAAGGCAUUUAGCACAAAUUUGAAUAAACUAUUAUAGGCAUGGUUUCUUCUCUUUCACUCUACCUUUGUCUUAUAAUGCCUUGCAAAUUUUAGGCUUUCGGUUAAUCAAUCAUUGCUUAUUAAGAGAAUAGGAAGAUCAGUCUAAAAGACUGACUCUCCAAGCCAAAUAAUGAGAUCAGCAGCCUAAAUUUUUUUGUCUACUUAUGCCUGCAGUUCUUUGGGGGAAUUAAAGGAGAGGGGAAAUAAUUACUAUAUGAACAGGCAGCAUUUGCAAAAACUACUAAAAAUAUAAACCCAACAUUAUGACGUGACUCCAAAGUAGCCAAAAAGCUUGUAAGAAACUAAGCAACUUUUUUAUAAUCAGAGAAAUGCAAUUUAAAUACAUGAGAUUUCGUUCAGCAAAUGCUGACCAGCAAAAAAUUUUAGUCUGCCAUUAGUGAAAUGUUGAAGAGGAACUCGCAGAGUACUUGUGGAAUAUGGGGGUGUAAACUAAAAAUACAACCUUGGAAAGCAAGUUGCUCAUUUCAUGUUGAAUAUGCAGACCCCAUUAUCAAGCAAUUCCACUCCUAGAUCUGCAACCA